AUGGACAAAGAUGAGUUCGCAAUUGGAGAAAUUCGCAUAGAAAAAGAAGAGAACUUUGAUGGAUUUGAAGAAAUUAGAAAGGUUGAUGAACAUGGGAACUUGAUUUCUAUGGAGGUUCAAGAUUCUUUGAGCUCCCCCUCAAUCCUUUCUGCAUGUAAAAGUAGAGUGAAAAUUUUAUCUAUUUUUCAUGUUCUUUUAGAGCCUCCUGAUGUCAGGAACUGGUUUUCAAGCUAUGUGUACGAGUCUCCUUUGUUGGAUACCGGUGAUGGUUUCAAAAGUUAUGCUUCUAAAGAAAGUGAAUGUGAGAAAGAUGGAAUUGUCGUUGGAGAAAGCAUCAAAGAUGAAGUAGCAAAUUUGGGUCAAUUUCAAGAAACAAAGAACAGUUGCAAACAGGAUGCCUCUGACAAGACAUGCUCAACAAAAUUGUUCAAAUGCAGCAGUUAUUUAGUAGAUAGGAAGAAUGAAUCACACCCUCUAUUUUCUGUAAAUGAAUUGUUUGUGUUUCUUCUGUCAGAACCUCCUGAUAUUGGAAAUUGGUUCCCAGACUAUGCGUAUGAGUCUCCUAUCUUGGAUACAAAUGAUGAAUUUAAAGAUACUCUUUCUAUAGAAAGAGAAACUAGUGAGGAUGAAUUUGCUGUUGAACUUGAAGACAGCAAGAGAGAGAAACAAGAGGAUUUCAAGAAAACAACUAAAACUAGAUUUAGAAAUGAAGUGGUUGUUGGUAAGAUGUGCUCAAAUGAGUCUGGGAAAUGUAACAUCCCUCUUAGACAUGAUAAGCAAGAAAAUAAGUCUAUCUGUAAGGACUUUCACCAAGCUGGAGGAAGGGGAGACCUUACUUUGCAGGGUGAUUUGCGUUUUGACAAGAUUUUGGAAGCAAGCUUGGAAGUCAAAGAAGUGCGAAUUAGUAGCAGCAGCAAUUCAAAGGAAGGGGUUGAACACUCAGGCUUAAAUGGUGGAGAUUCCAUGUCUAAACUUGAGAGAGCUGAUUCCAUAUCUAUCACCAGAAAUCCUGGCAAAAAUUAUAGAAAAUCUUCAAACAAGUUGAUUGACAGGAGGGUUAGCAUAGAAAAGAGCUCAGAAACUAAAGUCCAAACAGACAAAGUUGAUCUUGCAUCACAUGAUCAAAGUCUGUACAUCGGUCAGGACAGCGGAGAUUAUCUGAGAAAACCAGCUCAUGGAAGCAAUGACAAAGAAAAUGAAGGAAAAGAAAUUACAGAAAAUGGUUUUAUCACUACAAGGAAGAACAAAUUUAUAGGAACAAAUGAUGAAAACUCUGUGAGAGUACCAGGAGGAUUUCUGGUACAGUGUUCAAGAAAUAAAGGUAGUAAUAAUACAAUCGGUGGUGAAAAGGAUAGUGUUGUGAAAAGAGAGGUUUUGUCUGAAACAACCAAUGUUCAGCACUAUGAGGCAAAGGCAAUGGGGAUCACUGGAAAAUGGCGUUGUCCCCAGAAAAGCAAGCUUCCCAGUGGCCCUCCUUUGAAGCAGCUUCGACUUGAGCAAUGGAUUCGCAGGGUGUGACCGUGACCAUGUGAAAAGGCUCAUCUGCAUAAAUCUUGACCAAUGCGAAGGAAAAAUCUUGUAUCAUCGACUUGUCAAUGUGAAUUGAAAGUCGAUUUCGUAUAAUUCAUUUCUUAAAUAGUGAUUAACCUGCAUUUCUACCUACUCAGAAUCUGUGGUAACCAGUUUUUGAAGUGAUGGCAAGUUUUCAUGCUUAGAAAA